GUUCCAAACCUAUAUAUGAAGCAGGAAUCUCUUGCGGAUGCCAAGAGUCCAAAGUCCAAAGACUACCGCUUUCAUCCCAUCGACGCCAAACCCUAAUCUUCUCGUUGGAGACACAGUCGAAGCUAAUGGCUACCGUAGACGAAAGCCCUUCUGCUAAGAGGUGGCUUCCUCUUGAAGCUAAUCCUGAUGUCAUGAACCAGUUCCUCUGGGGUCUUGGUCUUCACCCUGAUGAGGCAGAGUGCUGCGACGUUUAUGGUUUGGAUGAAGAACUCUUGGAAGUGGUCCCAAAGCCUGUCCUUGCUGUGCUGUUUCUUUAUCCCUUAACCUCACAGACUGAAGAAGAGAGAAUGCAACAGGAAAAUAUGAGAAGGGAACCCUGCGAUAGAGUUUAUUUCCUCAAGCAAACUGUUGGUAAUGCUUGUGGUACUAUUGGACUUCUUCAUGCUAUUGGAAACAUCACUUCAGAAAUUAAGCUUACUGAGGGAUCUUUUCUGGAUAGAUUUUUUAAAUCCACUGCAAGCAUGGAUCCACUGGAGCGUGCUGCAUUUCUUGAAAAUGACUCAGAAAUGGAAGUUGCUCAUUCAGUAGCUGCCACAUCUGGUGAUACUGAGGCUUCGGAUGAUGUCAAUACUCAUUUCAUAUGCUUCGCAUGUGUGGAUGGGGAACUUUUUGAGCUUGAUGGGAGGAAAUCAGGACCAAUAUCUCAUGGUGCAUCCUCUCCAAGCACCUUGUUACUGGAUACAGCUAAAGUCAUUCAAGGCAUGAUCCAGAAAAAUCCUCACUCGCUCGACUUCAAUGUCAUAGCCAUUUCAAAGAAAAGUGGGGGUGCAUUUUAAGGUUGGCGAUUUGUUCUCUUAUGAGGCCCUCACAAAUGACUGAGAUUUUAUUUCUAGAGGCAUCACUGUACUGCAAGACCAUUUCCAGUUUUUUCAUUGUAUUUGGCCUAACAAACAUCGUUUUUGUAUCUGGUCUGGUGAUCUGCCGGCCAUGGUUGCUGUUUGCUAGCUUAAAUUAACAGCAAGGAAUGGUAAUUGGUUGUGGGUUAGGUUAUGCUGUCAAAAAAGAUGCUUGUUUUUAGAUAUAACUUUUGAACUUACCAAAAAAGGUCAAUUGAGUCCUUGUGUUUUUUAUGGGCCAAAUCAGCCCCUCGAUUUCAAGAAAUGAUCCAUGUUUGACCUUCUAUGAAUUUGCCGUUAAAAUAUUUGAUGUGAACUCCAUUCGUU